AUGAUUGCCAGCCAGGUUCAGCUGGUGCUCAGGGCGGAGGAUGGGUCUCCCCGGUUGAGGCCAAAGCUGUCGGGUGAAUGGACACAGGUGGAGGUGGUCCGUUUGGAGGUGCUGAACGGUGGGCUCGGAUUCGGCAUCGUUGGCGGCACGUCCACGGGCGUCGUCGUCAAGACCAUUUUGCCCGGCAGCCCGGCUAAUAAGGACCAACGACUCCGCUCCGGUGACCACAUCCUCCAGGUGGGCAACAUCAACACGCAGGGGAUGACCAGCCAACAGGUGGCCACAAUUCUGCGCCAACAAGAGAACCUCGUGGAGAUGAUCGUCGGGCGGCCGAUUAACGGAACCGAGAAACCGGAAGAUACGGCUGACUGCUGGACGAUGGCCACAAAAUCGGCGUUGAAUCCCAGCCAGCUGGAGGAGGAGCGAAGAGGACGGAGGGCCCAUUUGGAGCCGACGACGUCGGAAAAGGAAAACGAGCCGACGUCCGAUGUCCCCGAGGAAAAGCCCGACCCUGCAGAACCUGAACCCGAGCCAUCAGCCUCUCAAUCCAAUGCCCCACAACCGCCCACCUCGGACUCUCGCAAAAACUCGACUCCCCACAAUACACCCCCAUCGACGUCCGGCGCGCAGAGUAUUGCCGCGGAAAGUAGAAAAUCUAGCUUGGCGGCUAGGCAUAGCGAGCCAGCCGGCUCCCCGAUCUCCCCAACCAUGUCGCUGAAGGCUCUUCAAGAGAUGGCGCUGACCGUGUUUCUGCGGGAGAACUGGGAAAAUGCUGGGAAGUAUGAUGUUGUGGAGGUCGAGCUGGGAAGGCAUCCAACGAUGGGCCUUGGGAUUACGGUGGCUGGAUAUGUGCAUAGGAAAGAAGAAAUCGGCGGUGUCUUCGUCAAAAGUCUGGUCAAAGGAAGCGCCGCGCUCAGAUCUAAACUCGUCCACCAGAACGACCUAAUUCUAAAGGUAAAUGGCGAAUCGUUGGAGCACCUGUCGCACGCCGACUCUGUGAAGACGCUGGUUAGAAGUGGGCAGAAGGUGGCGUUGAGCCUGGUCCGCUUCCACGCCGACAGCCCGCAGGCCCUCUGUCUGAACAUGCUGCAAAGACAAGAGACGGAGACGCAGGUGAUCGAUGUGCAAUCGUCGGAUCCGGAAUUGGUAGCGUUUUGGAAGCAGCGGAUAGAAGGCGACGUCGACAUCAUCCAAUCCGUGAUCCGACCCGAUCGAGGAGGCGGAGGUGGUGAUGGAGGGUUAGGAGUCGCCCUGGAGGGUACUGUAGAUGUGGUAGAGGGUACCGCCCUCUGCCCCCACCAUUACAUCGGCUCGAUCCGACGAGACGGACCUGCCGCCGGGCUUCUCCAGGCCGGAGAUGAACUGCUGCAGGUGAACCAUGUGCACGUCUACGGCGAGUCCCACGUCACCGUCAGGGACGCCCUGGCACGAGCAGUUUCGGCGAACGCCCCGGUGACGCUGGUCAUUGCCAGAAAGGCGGAAACGAUUUCAAUGUGGAUGCCAUCGGGUGAUGCUCCCCUUGGCUCACUCCCUCAGUGCUAUCCCCUCCUUGCCUCAGCUAGUCAACAAGUCACCAAGGCCAAGUCGGACCCGUGUUUGCCGAGUUGUAGUCGGCAGCCGGACGAUUCGAAUGUGGACGAGGAGUACGAGCCGCGGGCGUCGGGUAGCCGGAUGAGAGCCAGGUCGCUGGAGCCGUUGACCGGAUUGGCGGUUUGGGAAUGUGUUCCGGUGGUCGUCUGGUUGCACAAGGAUUCGAGAGGGCUCGGAUUCUCGGUGGCUGAUUAUAAGGACCCUCGCCAUCCCGCUUCGUCAGUAGUAGUGGUACGUUCACUCGUCCCCGGCGGAGUUGCUCAAGCCGAUGGCCGAAUCGUGCCCGGUGAUCGUCUACUCUCCGUCAAUAAACAGGAUCUGUCCUGCGCUAGUCUCGAGCGUGCAGUUGCCGUUUUAAAAGCCGCUCCGAUGGGUUCAGUUCGGUUGUGCAUCGCCAAGCCGGUGCCGGUAGAUGAACGGUCGAUGGCGUCAAUGACUUCCUGGUCGCCAUGCUCCUCCAGAUCCGUCUCCCCGGCCUCACCAAUGAGAUUAGCCGGCUCCUGGGCGUACGACGUCAUCUACCUGCCCGCGCACCUCGAGCGAACGAUCAAGGUUCAAAAGGGACCGGUACCGCUAGGGAUUACGGUAGACGCGGAGCGGGACAAAGGCGUCAACGGGUGUGUGGUGAAGAGUAUUUGCGGGAAGAAGGCGAUAGCAAGGGAUGGACGUCUUCAGGUCGGCGACUACAUCGUCAAGAUCAACCACGAACCUCUCCGAAACUCGACCAGCUCACAGGCGAGGGCCAUCCUGAAGCGCACCAACCUUGUCGGAACCAACUGCACGAUCAUCUACAUCACCGGGGCGGACGCGAAAAUCUGGAAGGAGCGCUUUGCAAAGGAAGCUGAGCCACAAACGCCGGAGCUGAACAGAUUGUCGCCGAGGGUGUUCCCGAAGUUCUACCGGGGUGCGCUUGACCGGAAGCCAUCCGUGGACAGCCAGCUGGAAGUGUCAACGGCCAUUUCGACGUCGUUGACAGAGGCUCCGCCCACACCGGCUCCGACGUCGCCGUCAGACGCCGAGGUUGAGCAGCUACGGCAGAUAUUGAAUCAUAUUAUUGACGAGUUGUUGGCGGAAGUCAUGAAGCAAGCCCUCCAGGAUUCGGCCCUCCAGCUCGACGUCCUCACCCAGACACCGGACUGGAGCACGGCCAAAAGAUCGAAGUUGAGCAAGAAGAAGCGAGACGACGCCUUCUCGGACAAGCCGGGCGGGUGGAGAACGAGGGCUCGGCCACCACCUCUGGAGAAGAAGCGGAUGCGGAGACGGCGAGCGCGCGUCGCCCUGAUGCGCUCAAAGCUGUGGGGUGAGGCGCGGACCGUCAUCCUCAACCGGGAGCCCGAUAAAUCGUUUGGUAUCAGCAUCGUGGGCGGUCGGGUGGAGGUGUCUCAAAAGGGUGGGUUGCCAGGCACCGGGAAUACGGUAUCCGGAAUUUUCAUCAAAAGCGUGCUGCCAAAUAGUCCGGCUGGGCAGAGCGGCCAGAUCAAUAUGGGAGAUCGUGUGCUAUCGGUAAACGAGGUCGACCUCCGAGAGGCAUCUCAUGAAGAAGCUGUAGCAGCUAUACGCUCGGCGACAAACCCCGUGAAGUUCGUGCUCCAAUCCCUGCACUCAUUCGCCCCGCAUCAGCAAAUGAUCUCGUCCACCUCGUCCUCAACAAUCGGCUCAAUACGAGUUGAGGCAUCUGUUCGAGCUCACGAGCCGAUGGAGACCGUCGUUUUGCACCAUGACCAAGUGAUCGUCCACGAGGAGAAGCCAAAGCCGAUCCCGAAAAAGCAGCCAUCCGUCGAUAGUAGUGAGGUGAAGCCGAGUGUGCAGAGGCAGGCCACGAUUGAGUCCAAGAAAUCACUCCAAUCCCGCGUCUCUGAUCACUCGAUCCACUCGGGCCAUUCCCCCUCCCUCCGCAGCAUCCAUGCCGAGCUGGCCAACAUCGCCUCAACAUCUGAAGCCGAAGUCGAGCCGGCACCGGUGGAUGACCCCAUCGUGGAUGGGGUAGAAGAGGAAAGUGCCGCGUAUCUCCGACGUCGACCGUCCGAUUGUGAGGCCCCAUCCACGUUUGGAUAUACCAGAGGCAAAAUCGACCAGAAGUACUCGGCGCUACCGGGGGAGGUGUUGUUCUUGCAACUGCGCGGCGUGCCGGAGGCUGGAUUGGGAAUCUCUCUGGCCGACUCCACGGAUCGUCUCCCUCAUGGUAUCCUGGUCAUCUCCACCCACCCAGCCUGUCCACUACCGAUCCGACCAGCCGACGAGAUCCUUGAGGUGAACGGCAAGGUGCUCGUCGGACUCUCCCCCGCUGUUGCCUCAGGCCACAUCCGGACUGCCAAUGAUGAGGACUACUUGGAACUGCUCGUCUUGAGGAGACCACAGCCGGAACCGCUACCCGCCCCAGAAAAGCCAGAAGCUCCCCCUGCUCCUGCGCCGGUUGUCCUAAACGGACAGGCCGAACCGAAGGAACGGGAACAGCCGACUGUCCGGUUUGAGGACGGGGAGAAGCCCGAGAAGGCACAACCAACUGUACCUCCAUCACCACGGAACGAUCGGAUGCGUCCGCCCACCGAGCAGGCCACCCUCUCGCCGCAAGUCAACGACGCGCGGAAAAAGUCGGUGGCCGACCGGGCGGUGGAAAUUGCGACCGGGAAGGAGACGGUCAUCGAGAUCGACAAGGAAGGCAAAGGCCUCGGCCUAUCCAUCGUGGGCGGCAUCGACACGGUGCUGGGUACUGUCGUCAUCCACGAGGUCUACCCGGACGGUGCCGCGGCAGCGGAUGGUCGUCUCCGCCCCGGCGAUCAGGUCCUAGAGGUGAACAACCAAUCGCUACGCAACGUCACGCACGAGACGGCUAUCCAACACCUACGAAGGACCCCAAAUCGGGUAAAACUCCAGGUGUACCGGGACGUUAAUCUCCAACGCUGCCUCCUCGACCCAACCCAGAUCUACAACAUCAUCGAGCUGGAGUUGACCAAGAAGCCGGGAAGGGGACUUGGGCUUUCGAUCGUCGGCCGGAAAAACGAGGCCGGUGUGUACGUCAGUGAGGUGGUGCGAGGCGGCGCUGCUGAGGCUGAUCACCGACUUUUUGCUGGCGAUCAGAUUCUGGCCGUCAACGGGACCGACGUCGCAAAUCUGAUGCAAGAAGAAGUUGCGGCAAUGCUAAAGGCGUGUGUCGGAAAAGUAACGCUGAAGGUCGGACGUUGGAAGGUGACGGAAGCAACCGACAAAGUCCACGCCGCCGCUGAAGCCGCAAGAGCAACAACCGCCAGUUCUCCUAGGGAAGAGCCGCCCGCUGCAGCUGCAAAUCGUCCCCUCGAGGUGAAGAAGGCGGAUCGGGACGGAGCGCUGAGUCCGUUGGCCGAGGAGCCGAUCGUUGCAAAAGAUGUGCAGCCAACCGCUUCCGCCAAACCCUCGACGAGUAGUUUAAUGCCGAAAGAACCGAGCCCUCAACCCUCCUCAUCCACCCCCUCUAACGUGGAGCUGCUCAAGGACCUGAAGGAGGAGGGAUCGGAAACGAUACUCGUCGAAUUGAGAAAGCAGUCCGAUCAACAACUCGGGAUGGGGAUCGGGAAGCGGAGUCGAGGGAUCCUUGUCACCUCACUGCAACCGGGUAGUGCCGCCGCCGAGAAGCUGAAGGUUGGCGACCGGAUCUUGGCCGUCAACGCGUUGCCCGUCACCGAUCAGGUACGG